CCAAAACAUACCAGACGUCCACCUCUAAGCAACAGAGAGCGCAGAGGAAACGGCAGACAGGCGCUCGUAGAGAUCAUCCCAACCCAGGCUCUAGAAAUCCGACGACCAGAAAUCCCAAAAUGCAAUUGACGUGGCAAAGAGAUCAGAUUAAUCUUAUACUUCCCCUUGCCGUGAUUUGUUGUUGUUUGCUAAUCAGCGUAACUACCGCACAAGAGGCCCAACAACCAUGGUACGAGAAUCUUCCAGCAGUGGCCAUGGACUACAAGGUCCACAUAGAUGCUGGUAAGGAGGACUGCUACCAUCAGUACGUGAAGGCGGGAGCCACAUUCUACGUGUCUUUCAGUGUGGUGCGUGGAGGCGACGGCAUGGCUGGUUUCGCAGUUCGCAAUCCUGCUGGUGAGGUGGUGAAGCCCUACCAAUGGCAGGCUACUGCGGAUUACACCGACCAGGUCUCGCCGGGCGGCUACUAUUCCGUGUGUAUCGACAACCAGUUCUCGCGCUUUGCCGGCAAGCUGGUUAACAUAUAUAUCACGGUGGUGAAGUAUGAUGCCUGGGACAAGUACGCGAAGGAGAUCGAACAGCUGCAGCUGAACAUGCAGAACUUCACUACCACCAUUGGCACCGUGGAGCGCAAUAUCAACGAUAUGAUGGGCUAUCAGGCUCAUAGCAGACAUCGCGAGUCGCGAGAUUAUGCGUUGCUGUUGGACAACAAUGCCUAUAUUCAAACCUUCUCGAUUAGUCAAAUUGUGGUCAUAUUGAUCACGUGCUCUAUACAGGUUUUCUUUGUGCGGAAACUAUUCGAAGUCAAAUCGAGCUCCAAAAGCCGCAUUUAAAGCUGCUCAGUUACUAUUCAAAGACUUUGCUCCUUUUUAUUUAAAUUCCAUCCGCAUUUCCAAGACAUUCAUUAUUCUUGCUGAAUCCCUUUCACGUUCUUGUAACUUUUUUAUCACUGGCUAAACUGAUCAAGUGCAACUAAGCAGACCAUUUUCAUAAUUGCGACUACUUUUGUCAUACGAGUUGUAGACAGCAAAACUUAUUGUGAUAAGUGUACAUUUGUGUGUUUUGUUCAAUUAAAAUAUUGAAGAUUUUUUGUA